CUUGGCUACUUGGCCUAAUGAGGGAUAAUAAAUUUAGCAUUAUCAUAGAUGAGUCUACUGAUAACUCGUGCACCAAACAUUUAUGUUUAGUUGUAAGAAUGUGCAUUAAUUUUGACAUUGAAGACAACUUUUUGGCGUUAAUCCCAGUAGUAGAGACCACAGGGGCUGCACUUUAUGAAAUUUUAAUCAACUUCCUUACCGAAAAUGGUGUUCCAUAUAAGUCAAACUUUAUUGGCUUUGCUUCAGAUGGAGCGAGCAACAUGGUUGGCGUUAAUAAUUCUGUGGUCAGUCGAUUGCGAGAAAAUAUUCCAGGUAUAUUCAUAAUGAAAUGCAUAUGCCAUAGCUUUCAUUUGUGUGCAUCAUAUGCAUGCCACAAGUUGCCUGAGGAAGUGGAACAAUUUGCGAGAGAAGUAUAUAACUAUUUUUCAAAUAGUCCGAAGAGAGUGGAAGAAUAUAAGGAAUUCCAGGAAUUUGCAAAUGUCUCAAUAUCGAAGAUUUUACAUCCUAGCCAGACACGUUGGUUAUCUCUGGAAUGCGUGGUUAAAAGGCUUCUUAAUCAAUAUGAAGCUUUGAGGUUGUAUUUCGUAGAUCAGGCAUCUCUUAAAAUCAGUCAAGCAAAUAUUAUUUUAGAAAAACUAAACACGCCCGAAAAUAAAUUAUACUUAUCAUUUUUAUCGCAUGUACUACCUAUUUUUAAUAGCUUAAACAAAUUAAUGCAAAGCGAAUCGCCCAAAAUUCACGUUAUUUAUAAAGAGGUUGCUAGAACAGUUAAAACAAUUUUAGAUUAUUAUAUUAAGGACGAAUAUCUAAAUGCCAACAUUGAAAAUAUAGAUUUUAAAGACCCUAGACUUUUUUUAAAUUUAAAUGACAUGUACUUUUCUGCCCACAUAAACUCUGCCGAUCUGGAGAAAAACCGACUCGACAUGGUAAAAUUAAGAUGUCUAGACUUUUAUAUUGAGAGUGUGGAGCAAAUAUUGUCAAGAUUUCCACUUAAAAACUCUGUGUUUCAGAAAUUAGAAUUUCUAGAUCCUGAGGUAGUUAAAUCAAGAAAAAUCAGGUCUAUAAGUAAUGUUUCUAUGUUGUUUCAAAAUUUAAUUCCUGCUGAUAUGCAAGUUAUUGACAAUGAAUGGUUGUUACUUAGAAAUUAUGAAAUUAAUUUUACCUGGAAAGGUAUUUGCGAUUUUUGGGUGCUAACGUAG